AUGAAUGAGGUAAAGGAGGCUCUAAGAAACAUAGAGCAGAACUACAAGCUCUUCCUGCAGCAGCAGUUCACCUUUAUCGGAGCACUGCAACGCACCCGAGAGAAUGCACACGACAUGAUCAGACCUGUGGCAAGCGUCGGCCAGGUACAGUCCUACAUGGACCAUCACUGUAACAAUUCCACGGACAGGCGUAUCCUGAACAUGUUCCUAAACAUCUGUGAUGAUCUAAGCAAGCUCUGCCACAAGCUGGAAACCGUGCAUCCUGGUAACACCGUAACCAAUGGCAUUCUGGAGAGAUGCAAGCUGCUCCUUAGCCACAGCAACGAUCUGAGCACCAUCCGAGCUAAAUACCCCCAUGAUGUUGUGAAUCACCUGAGCUGUGACGAAGCAAAGAAUCAUUAUGGAGGUGUGGUGAGCCUCAUCCCCAUCGUUCUAGACUGCAUGAAGGAGUGGGUAACCCACACUGAGAAGCUGCCACGGCACGUGCUGUAUAACACGAGUGGUGGAAGUGCUGUCUCUGAGAAGAGGGCACGCCAGGAUGCACCAGCUAGGGCAGCCAUUUCCCAAACACCACCUUCUGUGCGCCCUGAAGCUCAGACCUCAACUAGUAACAAAGAUGGUGUACAAGCGCAGGGGAGUAUGCAUGUCCGGAAGAAGAACCUAAAUGACACAGAAAAUCACGGUGGGAAACUUAAAGGUCCCUGGAAACCACCAGGUAGACAUGCCUUUUAA